CGUAGACAGGGCGGACAUGUUUUUUUUUCUGGAGUAACCGUAUUUCUGACGUUAGUAUGAAGGUAAUACGGCUGCCAACAUGACUACACGUACCUGGGAACACUUGUUUACGUGUAAGUGGACUGUCGAAGGGCAGUUGGAUAUCACAGGGUUUCCUGAAGAUAUGCCCAUGAGUUUGCAGUUCUACUUAACCUCCAUAAGGCCAGAAAAAUGGCCACGGGCUCUGAAGUUGAUCCAGCAGGGGGAAGGGCACUGCUUCGCCAACGAAAUUGGAAUCUUGUUUCCGUUCGACUACGAGUCUUCCAGCAGCGAGGAAGACCAACCUAGCAGAGGACCGCUACCGGAAGAUGAAGUCGAAUUCUUCGCUGGGUACUUCCCAAAGGACAGAGUAAAGAAGAACGUGUUUCUUCAGAUUGUUGAAAAGUGUUUGGACGAACGCAAGAAAUCAUUUUGCCCUUUGGACCGUGAAAAUGAGUUUCUGGACUACGUACGAAGGGAAACGACACCCAAACGUGCCAUGUAUCAAGACUUACCGGAACCCGGAAGCACAGGAAUAGAACGCACCACAUCUGUGGAUAGCCUGGCAUUUCCGACGACCUCAAAACAGACCGGCAUCGUUCAUCCGUUCCUGGACACUUUGAACCUCGCCACUGACAUCCCAGAGGAGGACACAAACUUCACAAACUGGGUGACAAACCACGACACCAAGCAGCUAGCGCUUAGCUAUAGAAUGGAGACAGGAAGACUGAAAAGUUUGGAGUUAAAACACGAGAUAACUAAGCGCCAAGUGGAGAGCCAAAGACACAUAGUGCAACAUCUCCAGAAAGAAGUCACCCGUCUUACAAAGGAGCAGGAGACUGUACAGAAAGUACUUUUGGAGGACAAAGAGAAAAACAAAGAAUUAACAGAAGCCAAUGAAAGUAUGGAAGCCAUUAUCAAUGACCUUCUUGCACAAAAGACGAAACUGACAAACAAACUGGCCAUAGUAGGGCAUGAGGAACACGUGCCACACAAGAAAGCUUUAGACGAAUCUGUACCCGAGGAAACUGUACCAUCAACGCAUUGCCAAAUGGAGUCAGAAAUGUCACAUACAGCAAUGGACCUUCAUCAGCUGACAACAUCCCGUUCCACGGCUGACACACACAAGGACAUAGCAGAUGUCAAAGAAAAGGGGGAUGGAGAUCCUGCUGUGCAUGAUGGGAAAAGAUCUGCCAGCACUCAAGACCAGUCAAGGACAACAUCAGUACCUGCAGAUAGAAACAUGACAAGCUUGCCAGAGGAUCUGAGGGUUGUGGCAAUGCGUCUCACUACAGCAGCUGGCCAGGAGAGAGGUGCACUGAAAGGUGGUACAGCACACAAGGAGGGUGAAGCAUUGAUAAGUCUUGCAGACAGGCAUCUUGAGAAAGGAAAGGUCAGUAAAGAUUCAACAGAGUUUGACAAGGCUGCCGGCCUGUAUGCUGCUGCCCUGCUCCAAUGCACAGAUCCAGAUAUUGGAGAGACAACAGAGCAUCCAAUCGGCUUCACAGAGAAAGCAGACUAUGACAGUACUGCUGAGGGCAAUGUGUUAAGGGUUGCAAAGAUUUGUUUCAAAGUAGACAGGGGCAGAUCUGUCUGGGGGGGUUACGCUGUUGAGGAGGAGUACAGAAAGACAUUAGUAACAGCUAUCACAAAAGGCGACACAUUGUUGGAACAAGAGGUUCUGAAAUCUCUGGGAGAUCGGCACCUUGAAAAAGGCAAAGCAAUGCUUGAUGUAUCACAGUUGUCCAAAGCAGCUGCCUUGUACAACAAGGCACUGACUAGGUGUGAGGGGUCAGACGGGAAACAGACGCUACUUCAUCGCAUCAGGUACACAGAGAAGCUGGAGGAAUACAUCAAACAGAAGAAAAGACGAUCUGCUAUGAAGAGAAAGGAAUUCAUCACCAGACAAGUAGAGAUCAAUGAACGGCUAAGACGGAACCGAUUGCAAGAACAUCUUAGACAACUACAGAAGCCUGCUUUUGACUUAGCAGAGGAAUACUUUUCAGAUACCGACCCCACAGUGAAACAAUACCAGAGAGAUGAGAAGCCUGUACGCACGUUGGCUGAUGUAAAUAAAGAAAGAAUAAAGCAGGCAGGAGAUGGGAGAAACACAGAAGCAUUCCAUAUGACAAGGCAGUACAGUGACCACUUUAAAAAAGGUGAAUCAUCGCUCGCAAGGGCAGACCUGGACUCAGCAGAGCAGCAUUUUGCAGCUGUACUUAAGACAGUGCAUGUAAGAGAUCCCACAGCCCAGCAGUACCAGAGAGAGGUGGAGCCCCUGUGCAAGUUGGGGGAUGUCUACAGUAAACGUGGUCAGCAGACAGGAGAAGGCGGAGACUUUGUCAAAGCAGCAGCACUCUACAAUGCAGCAAUAGCCAGGUCAGAGGAUCAUGUCCUCAGUGGUAACAUAGGAGCAGGUAUUAGAGAAGUAGAGAAGUCAUUUAUCAAAUGUGUCUUAGGUGUUGGCUUAGGUUUCAAUGUGAACCAAGAUAACACAGAAAGACAUAAGAAACAGCUGAAGGAGAUGCGGGACCAGAUCAAGCUCGAGAUGGAAACCAUUGACCAGCAGCUGGAUCCCUAUGUACAUGAUGAAGAUGACCCAUGUGUCAGAGAGAUAGAGGCAAAACGAGCUCAGGCUGUCAGGCUGUUGGUUGAGAAAAUUACACAACAAAGGAAGGAGUUCAUCAGCCUGCUUGUAGAAGAAUGUUUUGGGUUAAUGGGUCCUCCUCCCUGUAAGUAUGCCCUGAUAGGUUUGGCCACAGAGCUGGUCACUCCAUACUCAGACCUGGAGUUUGCCAUCUUGGUAGAGAAAGAAAGUGAAGAAUGUGUUGCAUAUUUCCGUAACCUCACCCACUAUCUACACCUCAAGGUGGUCAACCUGGGAGAAACCAUUCUCCCAGCACUGGGAAUAAGAAGCCUGAAUGACUUCUCUUCUCAAGACCCCCUUGAUGACUGGUACUAUGACUCUAUCACACCGCAUGGGUUUGCAUUUGAUGGCUCCAUGCCAAUGGCAAGCAAGACUCCCCUUGGUAGGCAUGGAUCAAAAACCAAACCACCUAAUGAACUUAUCUGUACCCCAGAAAACAUGUGUUCAAAGUUACAAGAUGAUAUCACAUUACAUUUAAAGAAGGGAUAUCACCUUGCCACAAUCUUGAGAAACCCAUGCCUCAUAGCAGGAAACCAGAGUUUGAUCGACACAUACAUGGGUACCACAGCAAAGAUACUGCAAGCUGAUGGAAGUAAAAUGGCCCAGCAACUGACACAGGAAGCACUGAGGGAAACCAGUGAAAGCUACAAUGAUACGAGUACAAUUACAGCAAGGUUGAUUGAUGUAAAGAAAGAACUGUAUCGCUUCCCAACGGUAGCAAUAGAUUGCUUGGCUCUGUCCUCAGGCAUUGUACCUACCACAGUUUGGGAGACAAUAGAAGAAAUGGAAAAGCAACUAGUGAUCAGUUCCAACAAUGCACACCACUUGAAGGUGCUUACCAGUAUCUCAGCAGAGCUUAGGCUUAGAACCCACCUUGCAAAUGGUGGACAGAAGGAAAACCUGUCAUAUUUGGUCUCAAUCGAAUCCCUACAGAUGAUUCCUGUCCAUGAUGAAGUACCUUCAAAUGCAUUGAAUACAGUUUUCCACCUACCAAAUGAAAAGCAGCUUUUUAGGUACUAUCAAACAGCAGUUCCCCUAAAAAGUUUCUUGUAUCAACGGUCAGGAGAGAGGCCAGUUCUAACUGCAUGUGUUGAUCAUGAUUUGUAUGACAAUUCUCCAAGAGUGCAAGGAAUUAUAUACACUGAGUUAUGUAAAUACAGUCUAGCUAUCAGCUCUUAUGCUGAGGCCCUAAAGAAAGUUGAGACUAGCACUAAUGAGAAAAUGACCCUGUUAAGAAAUCUUGGGGAUGCUUGUCUCAGUGUGGGUGAUUACCCAAAGGCGAUCAGCUACAAUGAACAUGCACUGGAGAUGUACAGGAGUAUCCAUGGUGAGAGUACAGCUCACCUUGACAUUGCAAUGUCCCUCAAUGAGUUGGGGAAAGCCUGGAGUAACCUAGGUGAUCAGAGGAAAGCAAUCAGAUACUUUGAACAGGCACUUCAGAUGAAGAUGAGUAUCUAUGGUCAGACUAAAGCACAUCCUGAUAUUGCCAUGUCACUCAACAACCUGGGACAUGCGUGGUACAAUCUGGGUGACAUCAGAAAAGCAAUCAGCUACAAUGAACAGGCAAUUCAAAUGUACAAGGUAAUCUAUGGUACAAAACAUCCUGAAAUUGCAAAAUUACUCAACCAGCUGGGGCAAGCCUUGGAUCGCCUGGGUGAUUAUCAAAGAGCAAUAAGUUACCACAACGAGGCCCUACAGAUGUAUAUGAGUAUUUAUGAUCUGAAUACAGCACAUCCUCAUAUUGCAGCAGUGCUCGUUUGCAUGGGACGAGUUUGCCUCCAUUUGGGGGAUUACAGGAAAGCAAUUAGCUACUACCAGCAGUCACUGCAAAUGUACAAAAGUAUCUAUGGUCCAAAUGUAGCACAUCCUGAUAUUGCAAGACUACUCCACAAUCUGGGGCAAGCCUGGGGCUACCUUGAUCAUCACACAAAAGCAAUCAACUACCUUGAGCAGGCACUACAGAUGUACAGGAGUAUCUAUGGUCAAACUAAAGCACAUCCUGACAUUGCCACGUCACUUGAAAACCUGGGGGGAGCUUGGUAUGAUCUGGGUGACUACAGAAAAGCUAUCAGCUACAUUGAACAGUCACUAGUGAUGAGAAGAAUUAUCUAUGGUGUGAAUAAAGCACAUCCUGACAUUGCUAUGUCACUCAACAACCUGGGGUCAACCUGGCUAAGCCUUGGUGAUUACAGGAAAGCAAUCAGCUGCUAUGAACAGGCACUUCACAUGCACAUGGUCAUCUUCGGUCAUGAUGCAGAACAUCCACACAUUACCAUUUCACUCCAUAACAUGGGAAUGGCCUGGCUACGUCUUGGUGAUUACAACAAAGCAAUCACGUACUUUGAACAAACGUUACAGAUGUUAAAAAGUAUUUAUGGUCAAACUACAGCCCAUCCUGACAUUUCCAGGUUGCUCAACAAUCUGGGAAAAGCUUGGUUCCACUUGGGUGAUCACAGAAAAUCGCUCAGCUAUCAUGAAGAGGCACUUAAGUUGUAUUGGAGUACCUAUGUAUGA